AUGUUCGGGAUCUGGCGUUUUGCGCUGCUCUCCCUGGCGGCUGUUGUCAGCGCCCAGAUGGAGAGCCUGGACCCUUGCGGAGUAGACUGCUACAACCAGGCCCUGAACAAGGCGGGCGCAUUCAACUGCGGGGCGAAUGACUUGAACUGUCUCUGCCGUGUCCCGGACUUUGGCUUUGCCAUCCGGGAUUGCGCCGAGGGAGCAUGCCCGCCUGGGUACGCGCCCACCGUCACCAACUCGGCUUCUGCCAUGUGUGCAACUUUCACCGCUGUCCCUACCACAACCCAGGCUUUAACCACGACGACUCCGGCCCCGACAACAACUGAGACGCCCACCUCGGCAUCUUCAUCCUCUGAGACCUCCUCAACAACCAGCAGCUCGACCUCAGGCUCAACGGUCCGCACUCCCUUGACACCCCAAAGCCAUGUUCAUCUCUCAACAUCCACCACCCCGGCAACAACCCCCACCACCACCUCGCCCUCAACCUUCAGCUCAGCAAUCAAACCCUCCUCCUCCACCUCCACCACUUCCACCACCGCACCCGCCGCAACAACCUCACCAUCAGAAUCACCCUCCACCGGCCUAAGCGACGCAGCCAAAAUCGGCGUCGGCGUCGGUGUCACCGCCGCCAUCCUCGCCCUGAUCGGGGUAGCAGGGUGUUUCUUCCUCCGCCGGGGCCGAGGACGGGGCGUUCUGGGCGGCAAGCCAGCCAUGCCAAACCACCGGUACAAGAUCUCAGCGCCCAUGCCCAGCGCCGAACAGCACCCUUACACGAGCAACAAGAAUAAUAAUUCGGAAUGGGAUAUUGGCAGUGGUGGUGGGGGGGAUGGGGAGCUGGAGAUGAAGAGUCGGAGGUAUGAGGAUAUGUUGCCGAGGCAGCAGCCUGAGGUGAGUGUGACGGCGGUGCAGCCGAGGCAGAUGGUUUGA